GUAGUGGAGAGAAAGAUGCAGCCUUCGCCCCCGCCGGAGCACAGGAGGGUGAUCCGCUUCGUGACCUUCCUGGCCCUCUCCCUCCUGGCUUUCUCCUGCUGGGCUCUCGUCAACUCCCGGAUCAACAACGCGAUCCUGAUAGCCGAUGCCGACAAGACGCCGUUGCUCGCCGGCGAUGAUGAUGACAGACACAAUACUGGCGGCGACCAUCCUGCGCCGAUCCCGGUGGCCGUGCCAUCCAGUAGUGACUUGAUGGCGGAUGCCGUCAGGAUGGGCAAUCCGGUUGUUCGAGAGAUGUCGUUGGCAGGAGCAGCAGGAGGAGGAGGAGAUGGGAGCGAGGGAUCAUGCGACGCCGAGAACGCGCAGCUCAGGGUGUACUUGUACGACCUGCCGCCGGAGUUCCACUUUGGCAUGCUGGGGUGGGACGGGAAGGAGGCGUGGCCGGACGUCCGUGACGCGGGCGCUGUGCCACACUACCCCGGCGGCCUGAACCUACAGCACAGCGUCGCGUACUGGCUCACGCUUGACAUACUAUCCUCUACGCUGCCCCACAGUCCGGACGGCGGCGGCGGCAUGAGCAGGCCCUGCGUCGCCGUCAGGGUGACAAACGCCAGCCUCGCCGAUGUUUUCUUCGUGCCGUUCUUCGCGUCGUUGAGCUACAACCGGCACUCGAAGCUCCGGGGGAGGGAUAGGGUGAGCAGGAACAGGAUCCUGCAGGCCGAGCUGGUGAGGUACCUGAUGAGGCAGGAGGAGUGGAGGAGGUGGGGCGGCAAGGACCACCUCGUCGUCCCUCACCAUCCCAACAGCAUGAUGCAGGCCAGGAGGAAGCUAAGCGCCGCCAUGUACGUCCUCUCGGACUUCGGGAGGUACCCGCCGGACGUCGCAAACCUGAAGAAGGACGUCAUUGCUCCUUACAUGCACGUGGUCCGGUCUCUCGGAGACGACGAAUCGCCGGCAUUCGGACAGCGGCCAGUCCUGGCAUACUUCCAAGGAGCCAUUCACAGGAAAGAUGGUGGAAAGGUUCGUCAGAAGUUGUACCAGCUUCUCAAGGACGAGAAAGACGUGCACUUCACCUACGGGAGCGUCCGGCAGAACGGGAUCAGGCGCGCCACCAAAGGCAUGGCAUCGUCCAAGUUCUGCCUGAACAUCGCCGGCGACACGCCCUCCUCGAACCGCCUCUUCGACGCCAUCGUCAGCCACUGCGUCCCCGUCAUAAUCAGCGACGAGAUCGAGCUCCCUUUCGAGGACGUCCUCGACUACUCGGAGUUCUGCGUGUUCGUCCGUGCGUCGGAUGCUGUGAGGCAGGGCUCCCUGCUGCGCAUUCUCCGAGGCGUGACCAGGGACCAGUGGACAACCAUGUGGAGAAGGCUGAAGGAGGUGGCUCACCACUUUGAGUACCAGUACCCUUCGAAGCCAGAUGAUGCUGUUCAGAUGAUCUGGGGAGCGGUGGCUCGCAAGAUGCAUUCUCUGAAGCUGCAGCUUCACAAGACUGGCAGGUAUCAGAGAACACAUUCAGAUUCAUGA